AUGCUUGGCGAAGUUUUUGACCUGAAAAAUAACGGAGCAGCCAAUUACACAAAUAAAUUGUUUGGAGUGUUAGAACUCGUCAACAAAAAGCAGUUUGAUCGACUCAACGAAUUGGGCAUUAUACCAACCACCUUUGGACUGCGGUGGGUUCGAAUGCUCUUCUCUCGAGAGUUUACCAUAGAGAACACCAUAAAACUGUGGGAUGGCAUAUUCUCUUAUGGGCAUGCGAUGUCUUUGAUCAAAUCGAUUUACUUAGUUCUUUUACUCGACUGUUGUCAAGAAGAGGAUGACGGGAUACUCAUGAGACUGAUGCAUGACCCCGCAAAGAACUAUACGAAUAUAGAAAACUUGUUAAGAGACUCUAUUGCAUUUGAUCAACGCCACAGACAUGUACUGAAUAUAUAG